UACUGUGCCCUGUUAUGUUCAGCUGCAUCUCUGCCCGUGUUUUGUGCUCGUAGUUUUAGUAAUGGGACGCAGGGUUCUGUAUAAAGUUGAAACGAAUGAAUGUGUAUCUGUGCGUAUGCAAUAACUCCACCACAACAUAUUUGUGUAAUGCAGUGACGGGAUGUAUGGCAGCCCUAGUUACAGCUUUGAUGUCCCCAUUACCCUGAAGAUACUACCCCACCUGCUCUUGAACUCUCUAUUUGCCGGUAUUUUUAUUUUCACAUGCUGAAUGGUCCCACCGCAAUACAUAUAUGUAGUGAGGCAAAGCUUAUUAAAGUUGCCAAAUGCUUUGACAGUGUCAGACCUAACAGUUUUAGAGUGACAUGGCCAAUACAAUAGCCCAGAACUUCACUUUAACCAUUUUAUUAGGACUGUCAAACUAAUCUUGCAGCACAGAAAAACAAUGUAAACACCUCAAGAGUUGAUUAGCAGGUAAUACUGGAAAGCACAAGUCUAGUGGCCAAGGGUGUGGUGAAGUGCUUUAAACACUCGACUGACGCACACCUUAAGUGCUUAGAAAUUUCUAGCAUAUUGAUGCAGGGUGAACAGACUUACUACAAUAUUGGUUGCAUUACAAUAAAAAUAUUAGUAUUGGAUAAGAGGACGCAAGCGACUCGUGUGCUGCUUGGUUAUGGAAACCACAUGGGUCCCAGAAGUACCCAAACAGGGUUCUUGUUUACGCAUGCUGCUUGCGUCCACUAAUCUAAAGCUCUCUAAUGUCGGCAGUAUAAAGAGAAGCUGUAAAAAUUGGGCUUUGACAUUCACAACUCCAAUUUUGUUUCUUCUAUACUCAUACAACCCAAACACUACGCUGUUGUGACAGCAUCUGCCUAGUAGAACUCUUGCUUGGGCUAGUUGGUUCAUGCUCGAAUGAGUAAAGGCAAGGCGCAAAAGACCAGGACUGAAGAAGGACACAAAUGACAGGACCGGCGCCACUCACAACUAGGUUUAUUUCCGCAACAAGCCUGCCUUAUGUAGGUCAAUCUAGCCGAAUCACACACGAACCGUUACAAGUACAAUACAGCAAUCCAUCAACCACUCGGGAAUCAUAUCUGGCACAAAAGAUAAAAUGAGCAAACAAGAACCACACGUGGAGCAGCACGGGAAGCAAUUCAUCGAGCACAGUCUUUACUAAGCCAACGGGGAGAAAAAACGAGACAUGAAAAGCAUCGUCUACGCUUCACUAUCCGCUAUCCAAAACAUAACACCAUUCAAACGCCUAAGGCCCAUUCAGUGAUAAAACCCACACGACUAUGGGAAUAAUGACCAACGAAUAACAUGAAAAAACGUGAAGAAAGGGCGUCUGAGUACAGUGUCUGCAUCCAAACUAAAAUCUCCAAUAGUCACUCACCUAAAAAAUUGAUAAAACAUGUGACCGCGCGAAAAAUGAAGCAUGUGACAAAAAAUGAAAUGGACAGAACAGUUGAACGAUAAAGGGUCUAAACAACAGCGCCUGCGUCAAAACGAGAGAAAAAAAUGCAAAAAAUAAAAUGAAAAACGUGACAAAACCUGUAAGAGCCACUAUAAAAUCGUCAACAAAAUAAAAUAUAAAUAAAUGAAAGGAAGACAGACGGAAAAAACCUAAAUGAUAUCGCUCUAACAUGAGGGCUAAAUGUAACCUAAAGAAGUAGUCUCCUUGUCACUAAGCGCAAUGGACGGCCUGCUGACGCAUUUGUUUCCCGCUUUCUUGAUGAAACAGGCUUCCACAAUAUCCCGCUCGAACCUGUCUUUUCCAAACUUCAAAAAUUUAGUUUUGUCGAACUGAGGGCGGCAAUUAGUGCAGUCUCUGCAAUGCUCUGCAAGGAAGCUCCCUUUAUUGUUGCGCAGAUUACGGCAAUGUUCCAUUGCACGCUCAUUGAAACAUCGACCUGUUUGUCCGACAUAGCUGCGACCACAGCUUAGAGGGAUUUGGUACACGACACGUGUCCUGCAUCCAGUGGACUUCUUCUGAUGCUGAAUUGAAUGAGCCAGGCGUUUCUCUCGGUCCUGCCUAGCUCAUUGCCACAUUUUGCGACAAAAGCAGUGAUCACUCGGUUAGAAUUGCCUUUCCUAAUAUUACUCCAAGAAUUCUUUAAACAGUUAGUUUUUUUAAGCACGAAGCAUGUCAUGCCCAACUAGAAAAUUAACCAUGCAAUAAGCUACUAGAAGUAGCUAAAAAGUCUGCAGUCUUCUGAAGUCAGCUUGAUUUGCAGCUCCUAAAAUUGGCUAUUAUUGAAUUAGGAGAAGGAAAGAACAGCUUGAAUAAACAUACGUCUCAUCAGAAAAUUGUGGUGGUGUGCUGCAGGCUAAGGCAGUGAAAGGAAGCCGUUUUGGCAUUGGUCUACCUCUGUCCCAGAACCAAGCACCGCAGCCGAGGCAACUUCACUUGGCUUUGACAUCUUCAAGUUCCCUUUCCCAAGCACAGAAUACUCGGUCGAGGUGAGCUCAAUGCACAUCACCCACAUUGGGGAUGCAAAGACAUAUGGCCAAGAGGAUGCCACCUUGACGAAGCAGACACCACAGCAACUAUCCCAACUGCCACAACCUCCAUUAAAACCAGAAGGGCAGUACACUUACCUAGCAUGGGCAACUGGGGCCUUCAUCCAGAGUGUCAGUGCGACUCUGCCCCAAGAGGCAGUGACCAUUAUCCAGUAUAACACUUGAUGUAGGGGUGAAAAUGUGCCACAUUCACAAAAUGAGGGUUUCAGGCUGGGACCAUUUCCGUGAUGUACUUGAGUCUGGAGAAUGUGUUGAAGAAUCGCUAGCAACAUGCAUCCUCUACACACUGCAAAGAGCGACAUGCGAACUAGAGCUUACUGGGGCAACAUCCAGCCCUGACAAGCACCUGCUGCAACUUUGGGGUGAGCAAGCCAAGCUGCAUACUGCAUACUUAAAUUGUGGCUGCACCCAACAAACCCUGAGCAAUGUUCUGCACAAGACUGAACAGGCAAGAUGUCAUGCUAAAAAACUUGCCAUAGACUAGUGGAUGGACCACUGUGCGUCAUUUGAACGUAUAGGUCUCGGUAAGAUGCGACACAUUCUCGGCUAUAACGGGAUGAACCAAAUAGUACUGUAAUACUAUUGAAAACAGGCUGCUCGAUCUUCAGUGCACAUCUGAGCAAUUUGAGGAACAAGCUGCAGAUGCUUUCCCCGACCACCUCACAGUCACCAGAGUUGUACGCACCUUAAUGACCACUUGCCAAGGAAGGAAUGGAAAGCCUCUUUCGGUGGCAGAACCUGUUGUUGCUCUCGAACGUGUCAACACUUAAAGCGCACUUGGCACAGAUGGAGUCAUUUUGCAGAUGUUGAGGAAUCUUGCUGAAACACGGAAGCAAGCACUAUUGCUUGUAAUCAAUGAAAUCUGGAAUAUUGGAAUUCCCCAGAGUGGAAACACUUGGUCAUGAUGCCACUACCGAAACCAGGCAAGAAACCUGACACCAUAGCCAACCUUUGAUCAGUCUCACUCCCAUUGACAGCGUGCAAAUUGACUGAAGGAAUGUGCCUCGCAAGGCUGAACUACCAUAUGGGAAAGACAAGGCUACUUUCACCUGUGCCAGAUUGGUUUCUGGCUUAAGGUUGACACGUGCGGCAGUAGCCUCUUUCUGCAUCAAAGCAUCGCCAAUACCAGCCGCUUCGGAGGAAAGAUAUAUGGGUUCUUAGUCGUAGUCAAACCAAGAAGAAUGUUGAGCACAGUCUGCAACGAGGAGGUGCUGGUAGCCUUUCGUGAAGCCUGCCCAGGCAUUAGGGUUGCCAGUGUUGCCAAAGCCUCUUAUGCAACCAAAUGUUUGAAAUAUGAAGUUACAGUAAACAGCCAAAGAACUUUUACCAACUGCACAGGUGGAAAUGCAGGUAAAACCCAGACCAGCACACUUGGUUUCAGGAGUGAUUUGCUCAUGAGGUAAGAAGGUGACUUAAGAGUUGGUGAUAAGGUAUACCGAAUGCAAGUAUAUGCAGUAUGUACGAGGUCUGUUAGAAAAGUAUCCGACCUUAUUUUUUUUGCAAACACCUGAUGGAUAUGAAACAAGUGCGCUUACAUUAGCCGAUCUUAAACCCUCGUGCGCAUGCGCGAAUUUUUUCCCGCCUGCCGAUAGCGUCAGUCGCUGGGACGCAGCGAGGUAGUACACAGUGCUCUCGUCGGUUUUUUAUUGCAAGGAAAAUGGCGGAGCGACUGGAGAAGCGCUACUGCAUCAAAUUUUGCCAGAAACUGGGCGACAGCCAAGUGCAAAUUAUUGCGAAGAUUCAGACUGCUUUCGGUGACGAUGCUAUGAGCAGCACACAGAAUAAGGAGUGGUACAACCGGUGUAAAGACGGCCACACAUCGGUGGAGAGCAAGCCACGCCCCGGUCGGCCAUCGACAUGCCGAAAUGACCAGGGCAUUGCCAAAGUGAAUGCUGUGGUGAUGCAGGACCGUCGUGUGACUAUGCGAGAAAUUGCGGAAGAGGUGGGUAUCAGCACUUUUUCUGCACAUUCCAUUAUGACCAAAAAUUUGGCGAUGAAGAGAGUUGCGGCAAAAUUCGUGCCGAAGCUGCUCGCGGUGGAGCAAAAGCAACUUCGUGUUGAAGUCUCACAGGACAUGCUGGAUUCCACAAACAGUGACCCCAACUUCAUGAGCACCAUAAUAACUGGUGACGAGUCUUGGGUGUACGGGUACGACCCGGAAACCAAAUCCCAUUCACCACAGUGGAAGCAUUCCACGUCACCAAGACCAAAGAAGGCCCGCCAAGUGUGCAGCAACGUCAAAGUGAUGCUGACUGCUUUAUUUGACUCCCGCGGUGUGGUAGACCACGAGUACGCACCACAGGGUCAAACAAUCACGAAAGAGUACUACAGAAGGUCCUCCGUCGCCUACGUGAUUCCGUGCGGCGCAAGAGACCGGAGUUGUGGUCAACAGGAAAUUGGCAGAUCCAUCGCGACAAUGCUCCCGCACAUUCCUCGCACUUGAUUCAGACUUUUUCGGCGAAACACCAGACUCCUGUACUUCAACAGGCUCCUUAUUCUCCUGAUAUGGCCCCCUGUGACAUCUGUCUGUUUCCCAAAAUUAAGAGGCCAUUGAAAAGAGCACGAUUUCAGACAAUAGAGGACAUUAUGGCUGCAACGACAGCCGAGCUAAACUCCAUUUCGAAAGAGGCCUUCUCACAAUGCUUCCAACAAUGGCAGCACUGCUGGGAGAAGUGUGUGGAGUCCCAAGGAGACUACUUUAAGGGCGAUUAGGUUUCCAAUACUCCAGUUAUGCCAUUUUUUUUUCGUCGGCCAAAGGUUGGAUACUUUUCUAACAGACCUCGUAUAUGUACUGUUAGGCCAAAACAGAUGAAUUUUCUCCAAAGCAACAUCAAAAGCUUAUUUUUUUUUUCAGUAUGCCACUCAUGUGCCACUCAUGGCAAGUCUGGACAGCAUUAUAUAAAGCUGCAUAAGCAAAAUGAUACAACUAGGUACAACUGUUAAGCAUAAUAUUUUUUCUGGGCUAAAUUCUUGCUCCUUGAACUCAUUCGAGAUCAUUAACUGUAGCACCAAAGUAGUGGACCACUACCAGAACAAGGGCAUCAGUGUGCCCAUCUCAAUUCUUGUGCUUAUGCCAGUCUUCUUUUUUACAGCAAUAGGUGCUAUGGGCUAACUCCCCUGGUUGUUCUGAUGUCUACUGGUAUUGUCACUGGAAUUCCCAAAUUUCUUGCUAGAAUAUUGCAAAUAAAGUUCUCAUUGUGCUGCAAGG